UCCCGGCCAGUGCGUCGACUUUCCCAGUUACCGUUGUUACCACUCCCUGGGACCCGUAUCGGCAGCAGAACCGCCGUCAUGGGGUUGACAAGGACUGAAUGAUGGAUGAUCCGGGGCAUGAUUGAAAGCACUCGGAUGCAGUCUGCCUCGUUAUUGAGAAGAGCCAGCCAGUCGUUCUCCUGUCACUUGUACUUGUCUGAAAAGGACCUCCUCCUCCUCCUCCUCCUCCUCCUCCUCCUCCUCCUCCAUCUUCUGUUCCGCACCCAGCCCGAGGGAACACUCUCCACCCUCUGCUUUCUAUUCUUAGCGGACCUCAUCCACUGGGUCCAUGAAACCGGAGCAGUGACUCAGGUUGCUGAUCCACGCGUGUCUCGAGUCCCCUUGGUUUCUUUUUUCCAGCCUCGUUUCUCUUCCUCGUGCCUAUAAGAACGGUGCGAUCCACUGGGAUUCCUCGGUGGUCGAUACUCGAUAGAUAGAUAGUAGUCCCUACUAUCUACUUAGGCUCGGGUGCCUUGAAGAGCGGCCAGCACUAACUGUUUCGGUCUGUGCUUUCCGCCUGGACCGCCGACGCUACGGGCGAGGCUUAGGCUGCCAACGCCUCUUUUUUUCCUUUGGGGCCAGCUAAGCCGGU